CUAUCUUUGUGUGUGUCAGUCCACCGGUUACCUGGAGGACGGUCAGACUCCCCGUUGAGGUUAGAUGUCCAGGGCAUCGGUCGUUCGUCCGAAACAUAGAAUUCAAUAACAAACCCUUGCUAACCCGGGACAUGGGCUUCGACAUAAAGUGCUAUAUAUGAUUACAUUUUGGUGAGGCAGACAGACUGCACCACAACAUGUCAGGGUUAAAAUAUCACAUGUCACUGCCUGUGACGGUGGGUGUGGUGUUGGUGGGCCUCCCAUACUCCAUCUCUCUAGCUGCCCAGUGGAUUUAUGGAUGGCCCAAUAAGCCUGGAUAUAAGAAGUACAUAGAAGCUCUAAAACCAAGGCGAAUAUAUUGUUUGACCAGAGCUGUGCUGGAAACGCUCAAAUAUCUGCAGUAUGGGAGACUUUACUUUCAGUGGAAAUCAUGGUACAGGAAUAACGAAAACCGUAAGCAUUAUGAAAAGGCCAUCAUCUUUGGGCGCCGAGGCAACAAGUUGGACUUGUACCACCCUCCAAAUGCGGGGAGGCCUGAAGAUGUGCCAGCACCGCUCGUGGUUUUCAUCUAUGGAGGUGCAUGGGGCUCUGGAGAAAGAUCCAUUUACUGUCUGCUGGCCAGGCAAAUGGCUGAAGAACUGAGUGCAACUGUCAUUUGUCCUGAUUACUGCACCUAUCCAAAGGGGAACGUUUUAGGGAUGGUCCAAGAUAUUGCUGACUGCUUGGUUUGGGCCCGAGCGAGUGGACAGACGUUCAACUUUGACAAAGACAACAUUGUAUUAAUUGGCCAUUCAGCAGGUGCACAUUUGUGUGCUUUGACCACACUGUUUCUCACUGACACAAGAGAGGAGCUUUUCAUAGAGGCCAGUAAGCAGCAGGACAUUGCAGUGGCGAUAAAGGGAGUUAUUGGUCUGAGUGGUGUGUACAACAUCAUGGACCAUUACGAGCAUGAACAGAAGCGAGCAGUCGAAUACGUGUCCACCAUGCACAAAGCCAUGAAUGGAGUGGAAAAUUUUCCAUACUACUCACCGACACACUUACUGAAGACGCUGAGCCAGGAUAAACUGAAUAGAGUGCCUCCGUUUGCUUUGGUCCACGGGACAAGUGACAUUAUCGUUCCUGUUGAAUCUUCCACAAAGUUCUCUGAGCUUCUCACCUCGUUGUCCCUGAAGGUGUCACUUUACCUGCUGCCAAGAGUUGACCACACCGAGAUUGUCACUGACCUCAUGGCGUCAGACAGGCGCUUCUACCAUCCCAUCUACAGCUGUAUCAAACAUGAGUACAGAAAACUUCUGGGACCCUCCUGACAUCCCAUCAGAUCAUCAGUCAUCAGAAAAACACCACUCACUCAUCACUAAUAUUUACUGAUUGUGCCAUACACUUACUUUGUUUACAGUAUCUGCUCUAAUACCUCAAAAUGAAUCAUAUUUCACCUUGAUUUUAAAUUGAUUCUUAUAUGUUGUGAUUCCAUAAUAAUAAUUUAAAUUUUGAACAGUUCUCUGAUUGUAAUUGAAGGGACUGGACUGUGGAUAACAUCGUUCCAAUAUUGUCUUGUAGAGAUUUUGUACACAUUACACUAGUUUGAAAUAAGUGAACUUGAAGUGAAAUUAAUCGUGAAGCAAUGAAAGUAUCAUGAAAAGCAUAUUAAAGCACACUACUACAUAGUAUUGAAAAUGGAAGUCCAGUUAACUAUGUUUUACUAAGGUGGAAACAUUUUUGAUUAGUAACGUGCUUGUUUUCAUUAAAUGGAACAUUUUCUGGAUAUAUUGUAACAUUUUAUUUUGAAAAACUAUUUAGUCAUCCCAAGUACAGAAAUAUUAAAUCUAGAUGAAGGAACUCAGAAAGCGUGAUGUUUUGCCUUCGAUCUUGGAUAAAUGCCUUCAGAUCUGUCAGACACACGUCACUCACAGUGUCAAAUUUUGUGCAAACCAGCAACGACCAGGUAAAAUGCACGUUACACUUAACAUAUGAUACAGUGUUGAUGUCAUAACACACACUUUUACUAUUUUGUCA